GAGGGGCGCUCCCCGGAACGGGCGCGGGCCCGGGGCGCGCGGGCCUGGGCGCGGGGCGGCGGCGGGGGCCCGGCAGCGGCUGCCGAGCGGCCGCCAUGCGAUCAGGCAGUGCGCUGACCGGCCCGGCCGGCCGGCCCCUUCUGGGUCCUCCCUUUGCAGCCCGUGCGGGGCCGUCUCGGAGACCCCGCGCCGACGGCUGCUCAAACAUCAGGCCUUAGCCCGGGGAUUUGAGAAUAACAGCUAUUCCUGAGAGUACUUCCCGAGCACAUCCUGGGAGCUCAGGUCACGCGCUUCACCCGUAUUAAUUCGUUUAAUCCUCCUGACAGUCCCUUGAAGCUGGCCCCCAAGAGGACCCUUUCCAAGUCCCCAGCUGGGGGCUCUGCGUAGACCUGGAGUGGACACGCCCCUCCUUCCCUUCAUGAUUCGUUUGUAGCGCAGUGGCGAUGGAUGAUGAGGAUGGGAGAUGCUUACUAGACGUGAUUUGUGACCCACAGGCCCUCAAUGACUUCUUGCAUGGAUCCGAGAAGCUUGACAGUGAUGACCUCCUGGAUAAUCCCGGGGAGGCCCAAAGUGCCUUCUAUGAAGGUCCUGGGCUCCAUGUGCAAGAAGCUUCCGGCAACCACCUGAACCCAGAGCCCAACCAGCCGGCCCCCAGUGUGGACUUAGACUUCCUGGAAGAUGACAUCCUGGGCUCUCCUGCGACAGGGGGUGGCGGCGGGGGCGGUGGGGGCGCUGACCAGCCCUGUGACAUCCUCCAGCAGAGCCUCCAAGAGGCCAACAUCACGGAGCAGACGCUGGAGGCCGAGGCUGAGCUGGACCUGGGUCCCUUCCAGCUGCCCACCCUGCAGCCUGCGGAUGGCGGGGCAGGCCCAACGGGCGCUGGAGGGGCGGCGGCCGUGGCUGCGGGGCCCCAAGCCCUCUUCCCAGGCAGCACCGACCUGCUGGGGCUGCAGGGCCCGCCCACCGUGCUGACCCACCAGGCCCUGGUGCCGCCCCAGGACGUGGUCAACAAGGCCCUGAGUGUCCAGCCCUUCCUGCAGCCUGUGGGCCUGGGCAACGUGACACUGCAGCCCAUCCCGGGCCUCCAAGGCCUGCCCAAUGGCAGCCCUGGGGGUGCCACGGCGGCCACGUUGGGCCUGGCGCCCAUCCAGGUGGUGGGCCAGCCCGUCAUGGCGCUCAACACGCCCACCUCCCAGCUCCUGGCCAAGCAGGUGCCCGUCAGCGGCUACCUGGCCUCGGCGGCUGGCCCCUCGGAGCCUGUGACGCUGGCGUCGGCCGGUGUCUCGCCACAGGGGGCUGGCCUGGUCAUCCAGAAGAACCUCCCGGCCGCUGUGGCCACCACGCUCAAUGGGAACUCUGUGUUCGGAGGCGCGGGGGCCGCCUCGGCUCCCACCGGAGCGCCCUCGGGACAGCCACUGGCGGUGGCCCCAGGCCUCGGCUCAUCGCCACUGGUCCCGGCGCCCAACGUGAUCCUGCAUCGCACACCCACGCCCAUCCAGCCCAAGCCCGCGGGGGUGCUGCCUCCCAAGCUCUACCAGCUGACGCCCAAGCCCUUCGCGCCCGCGGGCGCCACGCUCACCAUCCAGGGCGAGCCGGGGGCGCUCCCGCAGCAGCCCAAGGCCCCACAGAACCUGACGUUCAUGGCGGCGGGGAAGGCGGGCCAGAACGUGGUGCUGUCGGGCUUCCCCGCGCCUGCGCUGCAAGGGAACGUCUUCAAGCAGCCACCGGCCACCACCACCGGAGCGGCCCCGCCGCAGCCCCCCGGGGUCCUGAGCAAACCCAUGAGCGUCCACCUCCUGAACCAAGGCAGCAGCAUCGUCAUCCCCGCCCAGCACAUGCUGCCGGGCCAGAACCAGUUCCUACUGCCUGGCGCCCCCGCGGUCCAGCUCCCACAGCAACUCUCAGCCCUGCCGGCCAACGUGGGCGGGCAGAUCCUGGCGGCCGCUGCCCCCCACACAGGUGGACAGCUCAUCGCGAACCCCAUCCUCACCAACCAGAACCUGGCGGGCCCACUGAGCCUGGGCCCCGUGUUGGCCCCCCACUCCGGGGCCCACAGCGCGCACAUCCUCUCCGCCGCUCCCAUCCAGGUGGGCCAGCCUGCGCUCUUCCAGAUGCCCGUGUCGCUGGCGGCGGGCAGCCUGCCCACGCAGAGCCAGCCAGCGCCCGCUGGGCCGGCCGCCACCACCGUCCUCCAGGGGGUCACCCUGCCCCCCAGCGCCGUGGCCAUGCUCAACACCCCCGACGGCCUGGUGCAGCCGGCCACCCCUGCCGCCGCCACCGGGGAGGCCGCGCCCGUCCUCACGGUGCAGCCUGCCCCCCAGGCGCCCCCCGCGGUCAGCACACCCCUGCCCCUGGGCCUCCAGCAGCCGCAGGCGCAGCAGCCCCCGCAGGCCCCCACCCCACAGGCCGCCGCCCCGCCUCAGGCCACCACCCCCCAGCCCAGCCCUGGCCUGGCGUCUAGCCCGGAGAAGAUCGUCCUGGGGCAGCCGCCCUCUGCCACCCCCACGGCCAUCCUCACUCAGGACUCCCUGCAGAUGUUCCUGCCCCAGGAGAGGAGCCAGCAGCCCCUCUCCACAGAGGGCCCCCACCUUUCCGUGCCUGCCUCGGUCAUAGUCAGCGCCCCGCCUCCCGCCCAAGACCCAGCCCCGGCCACCCCCGUCGCCAAAGGAGCUGGCCUCGGCCCUCAGGCCCCCGACAGCCGGACUUCCCCGGCUCCGGCCCCCCAGAUCCCGGCAGCGGCUCCGCUGAAGGGCCCAGGCCCCUCUUCGUCCCCGUCACUACCUCACCAGGCCCCUCUGGGGGACAGCCCCCACCUGCCCUCCCCACACCCCACCCGGCCCCCUUCCCGCCCACCCUCCCGGCCCCAGAGCGUGUCCCGCCCUCCCUCAGAGCCCGCCUUGCACCCUUGCCCCCCACCCCAGGCCCCCCCAACUCUGCCUGGCAUCUUUGUCAUCCAAAACCAGCUGGGCGUUCCCCCGCCUGCCAGCAACCCGGCCCCUACUGCCCCAGGCCCGCCCCAGCCGCCUCUCCGCCCCCCAUCCCAGCCGCCUGAGGGACCGCUGCCCCCAGCCCCCCACCUCCCUCCAUCCUCCACCUCCUCCGCUGUGGCCUCCUCCUCUGAGACGUCCUCCAGGUUGCCAGCCCCUACGCCAUCCGACUUCCAGCUCCAGUUCCCACCCAGCCAGGGGCCCCACAAGUCUCCCACCCCCCCUCCAACCCUCCACCUGGUCCCCGAGCCGGCAGCACCCCCCCCACCGCCUCCUCGGACCUUCCAGAUGGUGACCACCCCCUUCCCAGCGCUGCCCCAGCCGAAGGCUCUUCUCGAGAGAUUUCACCAGGUGCCGUCCGGAAUCAUCCUCCAGAACAAGGCUGGGGGGGCCCCUGCCGCCCCGCAGACCUCCACCAGCCUGGGGCCCCUUACCAGCCCCACUGCUUCUGUGCUGGUCAGUGGGCAGGCCCCAUCCGGGACCCCCACCGCCCCCAGCCACGCCCCCGCCCCGGCGCCCAUGGCCACCACAGGCCUCCCUCCUCUGCUUCCGGCCGAGAACAAGGCUUUUGCCAGCAACCUCCCGACCCUGAAUGUGGCCAAGGCCGCUUCCUCCGGGCCAGGGAAGCCCUCCGGGCUGCAGUAUGAGAGCAAGCUGAGUGGCCUGAAGAAGCCCCCCACGCUCCAGCCCAGCAAGGAAGCCUGUUUCCUGGAGCAUUUGCACAAACACCAGGGCUCUGUCCUGCACCCCGACUACAAGACGGCCUUCCCCUCCUUUGAGGACGCCCUGCAUCGCCUCCUGCCCUACCAUGUCUACCAGGGCGCCCUCCCCUCCCCCAAUGACUACCACAAAGUGGACGAGGAGUUUGAGACGGUCUCCACGCAGCUGCUGAAACGCACCCAGGCCAUGCUCAAUAAAUACCGGCUCCUGCUCCUGGAGGAGUCCCGGAGGGUGAGCCCCUCAGCGGAGAUGGUGAUGAUCGACCGAAUGUUCAUUCAGGAGGAGAAGACCACCCUUGCCUUGGAUAAACAGCUGGCCAAGGAGAAGCCCGACGAGUACGUGUCUUCCUCCCGCUCGCUCGGCCUCCCCAUCGCAGCCUCUUCCGAGGGUCAUCGGCUCCCCGGCCACGGCCCCCCGUCGUCUUCAGCUCCCGGGGCCUCCGCCCAGCCCCCUCCACACCUGCCCACCAAGCUUGUGAUCCGGCACGGCGGGGCAGGCGGCUCCCCUUCGGUCACCUGGGCCCGGGCGUCCUCCUCCCUGUCCUCCUCCUCCUCCUCCUCUGCCGCCUCCUCUUUGGACGCCGACGAGGACGGCCCCAUGCCCUCCCGCAACCGCCCGCCCAUCAAGACCUACGAGGCCCGGAGCCGCAUCGGGCUCAAGCUCAAGAUCAAGCAGGAAGCCGGGCUCAGCAAGGUGGUGCACAACACGGCCCUGGACCCCGUGCACCAGCCCCCGCCACCCCCCGCCGCCCUCAAGGUGGCCGAGCCCCCGCCACGGCCGCCGCCGCCACCGCCGCCCACGGGCCAGAUGAACGGCACGGUGGACCACCCGCCGCCUGCCGCCCCCGAGCGCAAGCCCCUGGGCACCGCCCCGCACUGCCCGCGCCUGCCGCUGCGCAAGACCUACCGCGAGAACGUGGGGGGCCCUGGCGCGCCGGAGGGGACGCCCGCGAGCCGGGCACGGGGAGGCAGCCCGGCGUCGCUGCCCGCCAAAGUGGACGAGGCCACCAGCGGGCUCAUCCGCGAGCUGGCGGCCGUGGAGGACGAGCUGUACCAGCGUAUGCUUAAGGGCGCCCCGACAGAGCCCGCAGCCACCGCUGCCCAAGGCACCGGGGACCCCGACUGGGAGGCGCCCGGGCUGCCCCCUGCCAAGCGGCGCAAGUCCGAGUCGCCCGACGUGGACCAGGCCAGCUUCUCCAGCGACAGCCCGCAGGAUGACACGCUCACCGAGCACCUGCAGAGCGCCAUCGACAGCAUCCUGAACCUGCAGCAGGCCCCCGGCCGGACGCCCGCGCCUUCGUACCCCCACGCUGCCCCGGCCGGCACCCCCGCCUCCCCGCCGCCCCUGCACAGGCCCGAGGCCUACCCGCCCUCCAGUCACAACGGCGGCCUCGGCGCCAGGACGUUGACCAGAUAACACCGGGCCGCCUCCCCUUCCCCGUCCCCUCCUCCUGAAGACGCCGGGACAGCCGGGUGUCCGCCCUCAGCCUCCUGGGGACUCGAGCCGGGGAUCCCCUGACGGUUUUUCUUGCCUAAGUUAUUUGAGUCACAAAGGCCUCCUUCCCUGCCGCCUGCUUCAGCUGGGUUGCUGGGGGGUGGGCGUGGAUUUAGGGGAGGGGGCUGUAAUGUAAAACGUCUCCCCUGCCAAAGGAGGGGCAAAGUGCCGUGUCAGUUCCUGUGUCUUGUCAUUUCCUGGCACACUCUGCCCCUCUGUCCGGGGGACACGCGCGCGUGUUUGCCAGGGAUGGGGCCACCAGGUUGAUGCCAACGCUCCGGGUGCCUGUCUUGUCCGUGUGGUUUCUCAGAUGGUGGAGGGUGCUGGGAGCUGGCAGGGUCCUUCCAGACAGUCUCAGCCUCUCCCCACCGCCCCCAACAGGCUGUCAAACAAAACCGGAGAGGGGGUGGGGGAGCCAGCCUCCCAGCGUGCUGUGCCCGCAGGCACCCAUGUGACAUCCGCACGUCCAGCUCCGUGACCUGUGUCUGUGUGUGUGCAUAAGUGAGUGAGAGAUUUCGAACGCCCACCCCUCGACUUUGAAAUCUGAGCAAAACAAGAAACUGGGGUCUUCCUCUCCCCCGAACCCCUCCCCAGCUAGUCUUCCCUCUGUUCUUCCUGCCUCCAGCCGCCCGCGCCAGAUUUUGAAAUCUCGGAGACAAAACUAGUACUGUAAGAUAAAUUUUUUUGUACUGUAUUUAUUGUGUAUAACGAUUUUUUUAAAGGAGAAUUCUGUACAUUUAGAACUCUUGUAAAUUAAAAACCGAUCCUUUUUUUAAAACUGUA